GGGCACCGGCACAUGGACAAAGUUGGAGACAAAGUUUGGAGAUAUGUUACUUUCUACAAAAAAACAAUUUAAGGCGAAUCGCUGCUUAUUUCUUUUCAGGUAGUCGGGGGAACCCUCAAAAACAAUAGCAAAACACGUUUUUUUUUAUUGAUCGACAUUACAUCAAAAGUUAAAUGAACAAACAUCCUCGCUUGCGGUCCGUUACGCACUCCUUUAUGUCGGUUUUUCUGCAAGACGUCCAUGCCUCCGCGCUGCUUCUCAUUCAUUCGGCAGAGAAGAGCAGCCCGCGUCCGAGCAUACAAUGAAGCAGUGUGUCCUUGUCCGACACAAUGCAGCAAGAUGCUACGAAGCGGACGACACUCUUUCUCGCAAGACUCGGGACGUUUUCGCUCGAUUGCAGAGAGAGAGAUCAGCUUAAGAAUGAAGCUUUAGCCUCUGCAUGACAAGCUAUGAGCAACACACAGACUAUACUCUAGACGUCCAAUUACAAAGCCAGAACUCAAGAAUGAAGACCAAAUAUGCAAUUGUCUUCAUCUGUAUCGUGGCCCUGGUCAUCAUUGAAAAGGAAAGCAACAUCCUGUCAAGAGUCUCUGAUAAACUGAUCCAGAGGCAGGCCCCACAGCAGACCCCACAGCCUCCACUGGAUUAUAGCAACACAACACAAAAUGGCUCCCUGAUGAUGCUGAAAAUGCUGCUCUCUAAACUCAUCGGUACAGUUGGGUACAACUCAAGUCUCUCUGAGGAGCAAGAAGAGGAAGAACUAGAUGAUUUAGGCACGUACAGCUUCAGCGGUGGCCGUAAGCACAUAUUACUCUUGGCUACAACACGGACAGGUUCCUCAUUUGUUGGGGAACUUUUCAACCAACAUGGGGAGGACAUGUUCUACCUGUUUGAGCCUUUGUGGCACGUCGAGCGCAUGCUGACCACGGCCUCAGAGUCAAACAACGGGACAGUGUUGUCAGGAAUCUACCGGGAUGUGCUCCAGGGGCUCUUCCUGUGCAAUUUCUCUCUCCUUGAGAAGUACAUCGCCCCCCCACCUAAGGACCACGUCACCCCGGCUCUUUUCCGCAGAGAGUCUAGUUUAUCCCUCUGUGAAGAAUCUGUCUGCAGUCCUGUAGUCAAAUAUGUUUUUGAAAGGUUUCACUGUAAGACUCGUCGCUGUGGGCCGCUGAACUUGACCCUUGCAACUGAUUCCUGCCUUUCGAAGCAGCACCACGCCGUUAAGACUGUCCGUGUGCGCCAGCUGGACACGUUGCAGCCUUUAGUGGAGGAUCGCCGUCUGGAUGUUAGAAUUAUCCAGCUUGUCCGAGAUCCACGGGCCAUCUUGGCAUCACGCAUGGUGGCUUUCUCUUCGAAGUACCAGACGUGGAAGACCUGGGCGCAGGACGGCCAGGUGCCCGAAGAUGACGAGGAGGUAAAGAGGCUCAAAGCAAACUGCGACCAGAUUAGGAUGUCAGCAGAGGUGGGACUGAGCCAACCUCGCUGGCUGAGGAGACGCUACAUGUUGGUGCGCUAUGAGGAUAUUGCCCGCUACCCCAUGCAGAAGGCAGAGGAGAUGUACAGGUUCACAGGGAUACCAUUCAGUCCCCAAGCUCGGGAGUGGAUCCUGAGGAACACACAGACCAUGCAGGAAGCUAGCGGGAUUUAUUCCACCCAGAAGAACUCAUCAGAGCAGGCAGAGAAAUGGAGAUUCAGCAUUCCCUUCACACUGGCUCAGGUAGUGCAGAGGGUGUGUGGACCCACAAUGGAGCUGUUUGGGUACAGGUUUGUGGAUGAUGAAAAGACACUGAUGAAUAAGUCCAUCAGUUUACUCGAAGAGAAGCUCUUUCUUUAAUCCAGAGGUAAAAAAUGAAGCUGAGAAUCUGGAAAACAUUUCAUGCAAUGGAUCCAAACCAGGAAAAGACAUUAUUGCACGGACCAAAACUAGUAUGCAAAGGUGCCAGGAGACACAACAUGUUUUACUUGGGACAGUAAGCUAUUGGCCAUACAAUAAUAUUCACUCUCACCAAUGAUGUGCCUCAUUGAUACAAAUGAAGAGCCACUUAAGAAAGAGAAGUAUUUAUUUGUGUUCUGCGUUCACUGAGAGGCCUGGUAUUUAAGCUUUACUUGGCGCUUUAAAUGUAGUUUUAAAUUUAAAAAAAGGCUUAGAUGUCAAGCCUGACUUGAAAGGGAUUAUUAUGUAAUAUUUCAUUGAUAGUUGAUCAUCUACGAAAGUGAAAUGAUGGUGAUGUGUGUUAACUUUGUGUGUGUCUGAGAAAGAAGUUGUUUCUGUUCAUAGUUCAUGACGCUAGUGCUUACAUUUGUCUAGUUCAAUGUAUAUCAACUGAUAGAUCACUUUAGUUUAGACCUGGUGUGCUUUAAUAGAGCUUUACAUAUCCGACUCAGGUGAAAUGAAUGUGGCAUUGUGUGGUGUCUUCACAAGGAGUAUUGAUACAUCUCCACAAAAAGUACUCUGUGUACAAGUAUAGUAUGAUCUUAGAUGUAAUUAACCAAAUGCCAUUUAAAGCAAUUCUCAAUAUAUCAUAAUGAAGAAGCUAAUCUAGAUGGAUAUAUAAAACUCAUUAGGUGAGAUCAAAUUAGUAGAUAUAUUAAUAUCUUACUUCAGAUACCAACAUGUGUCUUUAACAUACGAGUGUAGUGUUUCCCAAAAGAAAGUAUCCACAGCAGUAAUGCAUUUUCCAGUUCUGCCUCCUAUCCUCUAAGGACACAGUUUAGGUAUUAUUUAACCGAAGCAGCUCCUGCACUGAUAUCCUAUGUGUUCAAGGACACAGGGAAUAUUCUUGUGCAGAGAGAUGUUUUAAUUACUUUACAAGUCAGAGAAAUAAAAUCACCAGAAUGAAUAAAACCUGCAAAAGUCUAAAGGCUAUUUAGUCGUGAGUUUAAUGUGUGUUAACGGCUAUGGUCACAACAAAAAUAUAAAAUUGUAACUGUUAUAAGGUGGCCUUUUACUUUAAGUGAAACCCAGGUGCUGCUGUGUGAACUGUCACUCUUAAUGGUAUAUAAAGGUAUCCACUGUGGCUCUAUAGCUCAAUGGUAGCAUUGUGUUCUGCUUGGCUGAGGCACGGCUGAAACUGCUGUGCUGCUCAUGGAAAGGGAUAUGCAUUAGAGGUACAUAUAGAAGGGUGCUCAUACUAACUUACUGUUUAAAACAUAACUAUGAAUACAUUACAUACACAUACGUACAGAGAGGCAGGCCUCAAGUUGAACAGAGUCACUACUGCAAGUUUUUUAAUCAAAAGGGAAUACUGUGAAAUACCAAGUGCAGCUGAGAUAAUGGACGCAGUCAGUCUAUUCAACUACUUCAGAUACCAAGAGUGGCAUUACAAUUAUGUGUGACUGUUUAUGUUUUACAGUCCUUAAAACAAUAAGUCCUUCCUUCAUUUAGAACGUGUCUACUUGAAUAAAGAAUGUUCAUGGUGAAGACAAUUAUUAGAACAGCAAUAGCAGAGUAGUAUAAAGUAGCAAUUAUGAGUCAAGUCUUAAUUCUUGUCCAAGCAAGUCUUGAUGCAAGUCUUGAGUAUCUUAAAAGAAAAGUAACAGAAGGGAAAAAUAAAAUGCCAUAUUUGAAAAUGUUUCUUCUAAAGCUCUUAAUGGGGAUUUCUGCAAAAAAGCUUGGCCUUACAAAUACGUGUUCAAAUGGUGUGGCUAAGCAACGCUUGAUUUUACUAAGUCAAAACUGGAGUCAAGUCACAAGGCCUUAUUUCUGUGACUUAUAGCAGAGCAAGUCUUUGCCUCUGGAAGAAAAGCAGUGUCAUAGGAUGUCAAAUUUGUGAUUUUCUAUAAUAAAUUUCUGUCUGUGUAUUACAUCUAAGUUACAGUCAUAUUGCUGAUGCAGAAGAAAGCACAGAUUAUGUUUAAGCAUGUAGAAAUGUAUCACACACAUGUAAAUGGCAGAGUUUCUUCUAUUGAAAAAGUGAUUAAAGUUAUUUCUUGUUGUAAAAUG